UUGAUUUUCACAUCACUAACAUUAACAUUACAUAAUUUAAUACACACUCCAUCACUCAUUAUCAUCACCACCAUCAUUACUAUUAUUAUUAGGGUUUCUCUUUCAUCACAAAGAGAGAGAAUUAACUCACCUCAAAUAUUUGCUCAGAUUUCAAAUUUUCAACAACUUAGGUAGGUCAACUACAACUGCAAACAUUGACAUUUCUCACUCACCCAUGUUCUUUCCUCUUACUAUUAUUAUCCUAUAAUUAUUUUAUUGUUAUGACACUCAUACUCUUUAAACACCCAUCAAAAAAAUCUGAUUUUUUUUUAUAAUCUUUGCUUAAUCCUCCUCUUAAUAACCCUUCUAAUGUGCUCAUUACCUGUUUGUUCAAAUGUCUGAGCUGGGUUUUAUCCCAAACCAAGCAAAGUUUCAAACUUUAUUCAAACCCACUUUAUAAUCAACACUCUCUCUAAUUUGAAUUUUGAAAUCCCAAAUUCUCAAAAAUGCAUUUGUUUCACUCUCAAAUCCAUGAUAACAAUGGUGCUAUCGUAAAUCCUCCUAUUCUUUCACCAUAUUCUUCUCCAAUUCCUUAUAACUCUAACAGUAACAGCCAAAAACAGUCAGAACCAGCUCCAAUUUCUUCAUCUGGAAACAAAAUAAGUCCUGCAAUUCUCUUCAUCAUAGUUAUAUUAGCUAUUAUAUUUUUCAUCCUAGGUUUUCUUCACUUGCUUGUUAGGUUUCUCAUAAAGCAUAGAUCUUCUAGUUCUUCAUCAAUUUCUCAAUCAAAUAGGUUUCCUGAAAUGUCUGAAUCUGAUGCAUACCAAAGACAGUUGCAGCAGCUUUUCAAUCUUCAUGAUUCAGGUUUGGAUCAAGCAUUCAUUGACGCUCUUCCUGUUUUCAUUUACAAAGAGAUUAUUGGUUUGAAAGAGCCUUUUGAUUGUGCUGUUUGUUUAUGUGAGUUUUUGGAACAUGAUAAGCUUAGAUUGUUACCUAAUUGUAAUCAUGCUUUUCAUAUUAACUGCAUAGAUACAUGGUUAUUGUCAAAUUCAACGUGUCCUUUAUGUAGAGGGACACUUUAUGCACAAGGGUUUUCGUUCGAGAAAAAUCCUGUUUUUGAGUUUGAAGAUCAAAGGGAUGAAGAUUGUGUUAUAGGUAUUGGUUCAGUUAACAAGAAUAUGGAAAACCAUAUAAUGAAUGGGAAAAGGGUUUUUUCUGUUAGGCUUGGAAAGUUUAGAAGUUCAAAUAAUGCAGAAGGGGUUGGAAAAAGCCAAGGAGAGAGUAGUAACUGUAGUUUUGAUGUUAGGAGAUGCUAUUCAAUGGGAUCUUUUCAGUAUGUUGUUUGUGAUUCAGAAUUGCAAGUUGCUUUGAGACCUUCUAAAGGUGAUGGAAGUAUGAGACAAUUGAAGGGAAUUAGAGAAAUUCAAGAUGAGAGUUUUUCCAAUGAUGGAGAUGUUGAAGGCAAGAAAAUUAACAUUGCAAGGAAAGGUGAAAGUUUUUCUGUUUCAAAGAUUUGGCAAUGGUCUAAGAAAGAUAAUAAGAUACCAAGUUCAUCAGAUACACAUUUUCAUAAUUGUGUUGUCAAUGAAAGUUUGCCAUGGAUGAAUAAAAGCUAGAGGUACAUGUUAUAUUAAGUUACUUAGUGUUUUUGUAUUGUUAACUACUUUCAUAUAUUCAAUGAAUCCAUUUGUUUUGCUC